GAGAGAGAGAGAGAGAGAGAGAGAGAGAGAGAGAGAGAGAGAGAGAGAGAGAGAGAGAGAGAGAGAUUUACAUAGAUAGAUAUACAUAGAAAAUCAGACCACACAGACCCCAUGGUCCAGACUUGGUGGUCUGUCCUUAAACCUAAGUGAUUUUACAUUAAUCAGAAGACUCCAAAACGUUGCAUUUCUACUCUAGUUGAUAUUAAGUUGAAGGAAGUGACGGUCGAGCUUAUUUUUGAAGGAGUCAAUCGUGUUACACUGGACCACUGAUGGUGGAAGCUUAUUCCAUUCUCGCACUACAACGUUGGUGAAGAAAAAUUUGGUGCAGUCUGAAUUUACUUGUCUACAUCUGAGUUUUACGCCAUUGUUCCUCGUGCGCAAAGUGUCAUCGAUCAUAAACAAUGUUGAUCUGUCUACAUUCGUGAAACCAUUAAGUAUUUUAAAACAUUCGAUCAGUUUUCCUCGGAGGCGACGUUUCUCAAGAGAGAACAUGUUAAGGGUAGAAAGCCUUUCUUCGUAGGAUUUGUCGCGCAAGGAAGGGAUCAUUUUCGUUGCCCGACGCUGAACACCUUCUAAUUUAGCAAUAUCCUUUGCAUGGUGGGGAGACCAAAACUGUACCGCAUAUUCCAAGUGGGGUCUGACUAAACUGUUGUAGAGCGGGAGUAUUACAUCUUUAUUCUUGAAUACAAAGUUUCUUUUAAUGAAGCCCAACAUUCUGUUCGCUUUAUUUGCUGCAUCGAUGCAUUGCUGUGAGAAUUUGAGGUUUGACGCGAUUUUGACCCCCAAGUCUUUGACGCAUUGAACGCUUUUGAGUUUAACGCCGCGCAUUUCAUAUUCGAACUUCUUAUUCCUCGUUCCAACUUGAAGGACCUGGCACUUGUCUACGUUAAAGGGCAUCUCCCAUCUAUCCGACCAAGCUGAAAUUUUGUGCAAAUCCUCUUGGAGGCUUUGCCUGUCUUCGUCAGUGAGAACCGAGUUACCAAUCUUUGUGUCGUCUGCAAAUUUACUAAUGCGGUUAUUGAGUCCAACAUCCACGUCGUUGAUGUAAAUAAUGAAGAGCACUGGGCCAAGGACCGAGCCCUGAGGGACGCCACUAGUGACCGGUGCCCACUCUGAGUUAAAUCCGUCAAUCACUACUCUUUGUUGUCUGUUGCUCAACCAAUUCGCGAUCCAUUGGUUUACUUGACCGUCAAUACCUAUUUGCUUUAAUUUGUAAAGUAAUUUAUGAUGCGGGACUUUAUCAAACGCUUUCUGGAAAUCAAGAUAGACUACGUCCAGUGAUUUGGUUACGUCAUAAACAGUGAAGAGGUCGUUAUAAAAGGUUAAUAGGUUUGAUAGGCAGGAUCUUUUGUUUCGGAAGCCAUGUUGUGAGUCCCCAAUCAAUGAGUGGCUUUCAAGGAGAGAGAGAGAAUUUAAUUAAUAAGGCAUCAUGCACUUCUAUCCUACCACCAGGGAACGCUAAAGGACUCUGGGGGUUAUGGCCGGGGUGGAUGGAGACCGUGAGAACUGGGACCUGUUGGGGGAGUACACGAACAAGACGCUGAGGCUGAAGGCUGACCGAUGGGGCAAGGCCGUGCAGAACGAGGAGAACCGAUCCACCAUCCUCAACUUCCUGGAUGCGGACGCCGAGCUGGUUGUGGUGAGUCUAAACCACUCCAACCAACUGGUGGCGACGACCGAGGUCCCUGCUGGCCUGCGUUCCAAGGGCGUGUACUACCUGAAGGCCAGCGACGUGCCCCUGGUGCGGGAGGAGGAGAAGAGUAACGUGCGUGAACAUGUAAUCUUCGGGGACAUAUCACCCCAGCCUCUCGACCAGCUCUCCACGCUCAUCGAAGAGGUGAUUAUACCCAUGCUGGAGAACCCUGCCAACCGAGGCGGGUGGCCGGAGAUGGUGUGCGAGGAUGUGUCCCAUCAGCUGUACGCCCUCAGGGGCACCGUCUAUCGGAUGUGGGGACAGCUUCGAGGACAAACCCUGCUUCCCCUACCCUUCGGAAUGGACACCUUAGAGAAGGCCGAAAGACACGCUCUCGACACCGGGGAGAUGACGGACUCGCAGCUGAAGAGUGCCAUCGAGGGCGUGGUGAUCAAGUGGGUGCACCAGGUGGAGGAGGUGCUGGUGCAGGACACGGACUCCCUGGCCUCCAGCCAACACUGUCCGAAGCCUCUGGAGGAGAUCACGUUUUGGAAGAAGCGCCGAGAAAACCUCGCCCACAUAGCAAGCCAACUCAAAGACAAAAAGGUUAUGAUGAUGUCAAACAUCUUAGAGGUGACUGAGUCUGCCUACUUUCCCGCCUUCGUCAAAAUGAGUGCUGACGUAUCAAUGGCUGUCGAGGAAGCUAGGGAUAUCAUGGUUCAUCUCACGCCCCUGAAGCCACUACUGGAAGGACUUGAGAGUGGGGAGUUUCAGGAUGCACCUCCCAUCCUACCGCCUCUUGUGCACUGCAUUUGCCUGCUGUGGGCUGCCUGUCCCGCCUACAGGAAGCCAGACCGUAUCGUGACCCUAUUCAAAGAGAUUACAAACCUACUUAUUAGCAUGGGUCGGGCGUUCAUUGGCACGGUUGGGUUCCAGGCGGAAACAACAGAACCACUGCAAAAAAUCAACACAUGUGCUUCUGUCCUCAAAAAGUUUAGAACAUGCUUUGAGGAGCACAGGGCUAAAGUGGAGACUUACUUCCCUGAUGGUGAGAGACCACGGCGUUGGGAGUUCCACCCAACUCACGCCUUUGCCAGGAUGGACCAGUUCCUUGAGCGUUUAGCAAACAUUAAGGAAAUAUUUGAUGUGGCAAAAGAGUUCCUGAAAAUUGAGAAGGUAGAAUUUGGUGGCCCCAAAGGGAAAGUCCUUGGAGCCAAUAUUUCUGCUGUUUACAGUGAAUUCAAUGAGGCUUACACAGCAUUCUCCAUCCUCACCUACGAUUGUUUGGACCCUGAUGAGGAUGCUUUUAAUGAGGCUCAUCAGCAGUUCAAGAAGAAAGUGACUGAGCUUGAGCAGCGCCUCAGCCUCAUCGUUAAGAAUGCUUUGCAGGAGACUCAGAGUCCAGAGGCAUAUUUCAAGGUAGUAGAGCUGCUGGGAAGCAUCCUGGAGCGGCCGAUUAUAUUAGCCGAGUACACCAACUGCCUCCCACACCUUAUCCACCUCUUGAAGCAGGAAAUUGAGACAGCUAAGGAACUUUUUGAAAGAUGGCAGAAGAGAGAAGGCUGUAGUCUACAGCAAAUGGAAGAAAAAACAGAAGAAAAUGCUGCGGAGGAAGAAGAGCAUCAGAAGGAAAGUGAGGAGAUAAAAGAUAAUGGCACUCCUCACCGCUACUUUCCUCCUGUGGUGGGCAAGUUAAAGUCUCUGAAAGAGGUGCGAGACCGUGUGGCUGGCAACAUGCAGGCCUUCUCUCAGCUCAGUCACCCAUUUGUAAGCAGUGAGGACGGUCUCCUUCUGCAUCGCCAGUGGCAAGACGUGGCAAAUCACCUGCAAGAAUACGUUGAAAAAGUGGUGGUUGAGUGGCGAAGUGUAGCGGGGGCUGACUACACCCCUGCCCUCACCCAGCCCCUCCUCCACCGCCGCCACGACUCUACCAUUGCAGUCAACUUUAGUGCAGAGCUGGUUCGAGCACUACAGGAACUGAAGUAUGUUUGGGUUGUUGGUGAAGGAUUACAGGAAGGAGCUGAGUUGGCAGAGCGAAGGGAAACCUUUCGUAAAUAUACUGCAAACUUGCAGCUGGUCGCUGACUGGUAUAAUCACAUAAAGACCAACACCAAUGAUGUGGAGUUUAAUUUGAUUAGAAAAGAAAUGGAGGAUAUAGACGCAGACAUCCAAAAAGCUGAAGUGGAGCUGACAUGGAACUCUGAAAGUGUGUGGGACUAUAUUGUAAAACUGCGUGAUACCGUCAGCGACUUGGAAAAUCGUGUUCAGAAAGCUCAGGCAAACAUCAAGGUUAUGGAUGGAAUUCUUGCCAGCUGGGUGUUGAAGCCCAUUUUUGAAAGAAAGGAUGGAAAGAAGGACACACUUCUGAACCUUGAAGACAGACCAGAGAAGCUAAAGAAAGUUUACAGCCACAUAGAGCGAGACGGAGGUAAACUGAAGGCAAUGGUGGAAGAAAAUCAGACCUUGUUGAAGGUGCCUGAAGAUUCCCGCCACUGGGACAGGUACCUUCUCUUCCUUGACAACAUGAUCACACGAGGCCUAGUUGAUGCUGUUAAUUGCAGUAUAUUUUACUUGCUGGACAAUUGUGAGCCCCGUGUAAACCAGUUUCCACUUCUGGAGGCGCGCCUGGAGCUGAGGGAACCAAAUCUCAUUAUCAGUCCCUCACCAGAAGAGCUGCUUGCCCUUGCAGAGUCUCUGGUUAAUGAUAUCCUACAUAUCUCAACUCUUGUGCCUCGCCUUUCCACUCAUGCCCAUGCCACUUACCUGCCUGGUGUGGAGAAAGAUGAUGAAGUAGUGGAGUUAAAAGAAGCAUUGCUUGAAAGAUUUAAGGUUGCAUCAGCCAAGACAUCAGAACACAGAGAUCAAUUUCUGCAACACCAGGCACUGUGGAGAGACCGCCGGCAAGAGGUUCUUUCUAAGUUCCUCUCGUCAGGGGACGGUGGUGCCCAGCCGUCCUUGCAACAGUUCAAGCAGCAGAUUGAUCGAUAUGAAGCCCUGUACACUGAGCUAGAGAACUUUGAAACUACUGUAGUGUUUGACAAGUGGUUCCGCUUGGAUUUGAGACCUUUUAAGCACAGCCUCUUGGAGAACACAAAAAAAUGGGCAAGAAUGUACAAACAACACCUAGUCAAUCAGGUCACGAACAGUCUAACAGAACUUGACAAGUUUAUCAAGGAAGCUGAGGUGGGUGUGGCACAGGAUCUUGGCAAUGGUGACUAUGAUAUCCUUGUGUCAAUCAUGGGCCACCUUGUUGCUGUGCGAGAGAGAAUUCAUGCCACUGAUGCCAUGUUUGAGCCCCUCAAAUCGACCAUUGCCUUAGUGAAGCAGUAUGGUGAUGAUCUGCCAGAAACAAUGCAUCUGAAGCUUCAGGAGCUUCCAGAGCAGUGGGAGUCCCUGAAGAAACAGUGUGACCUUGUACGGCAGCAUGUUGCACCACUCAAGGCCAGUGAAGUAUCGGGAAUCAGAAAAAAAUGCACCAAGUUUGAGACACGGCAAGCCAUUUACCGUGACAAGUUUAAGAAAUAUUCCUUCUUUAGCUUCAGCUGUGAGUUGCCCUACUGGCGACUUGAACGAGUCAACAUGAGGCUUCAGCGGUUAGAGGAGGAGAUGUUCCAGUUACAAGAAUCAGCUGUUUUGUUUGAAGUUGUCAUUCCAGAGUUCAAACACAUGAAGGCCUGCAGGAAGGAACUCCGCAUGCUGAAGCAACUAUGGGACCAUAUUUGCCUGGUCAGGGCCUGUGUUGACUACUGGAAGACCACACCAUGGAGGGAGGUUGAUGUUGAAAACAUGGACAUUGAGUGCAAAAAGUUUGCCAAAGACAUUAGAUCUCUUGACAAGGAGAUGCGGACAUGGGACGCCUACAUAAACCUGGAUGCAACAGUGAAGAACAUGCUGACGUCCCUUCGGGCAGUAGCAGAACUACAAAACCCAUCCCUUCGAGAGAGGCACUGGGGCCAGCUUCUUAUUGCCACUAAGACAGAAUCUUCAACACAGUCUUUUGUGGCAAACUUUGUUGACAACCCCAAAACAACUUUGGCUGAUCUCCUUGAGCUAAAUCUUCAUACCUACGAGGAUGAGGUGAAGAACAUAGUGGACAAGGCAGUGAAAGAAAUGUCCAUGGAAAAGAUCAUAAAGGAAUUGGAGACAACAUGGGCUACACUGGAGUUCAUGAUUGAUAAACACCCAAGAACUGGAGUUGCUCUCAUCAGAACAUCAGAAGAGAUGAUUGAAACACUGGAAGAGAACCAGGUUCAAUUGCAAAAUCUGAUGACCUCAAAAUACAUUGAACAUUUCUUGGAGGAAGUCUCACUGUGGCAAAACAAGCUCUCUGUUGCAGAUCAAGUCAUCACUUUGUGGUUUGAGGUUCAGCGUACAUGGAGUCACCUGGAAUCAAUAUUUAUUGGUUCUGAUGACAUUCGUCGACAGCUUCCAGAAGAUUCUGCAAGAUUUGACCAAAUUGAUAUCGACUUCAAGGAACUUGUGGGUGAGAUGGUUGCCAACCCUCACGUGUUGAAAGCCACCAAUCGCUCUGGGUUGUUCACCAGGUUGGAAGCGCUGCAGGCAGAACUAACAUUGUGUGAGAAGACUCUAGCAGAAUAUCUAGAAACAAAGAGGCUUGCAUUCCCAAGAUUUUACUUUGUCUCAACUGCAGAUCUUCUUGAUAUUCUUUCAAAUGGAAAUCAGCCAUCGAAGGUUACAAGGCACCUCACCAAGUUAUUUGACAGCAUUGCUGGUCUAAAGUUUUCUGAAGAAAAUCCAAGUGAGGGCCACACUGCAGUGGGAAUGAUAGCCAAGGAUGGGGAGUACGUUGAGUUCUGCUCCAUCACUGACUGUGUUGGCCCUGUGGAGAAGUGGCUAAUGAGUGUGCUGCAAGUGAUGCGGAACACAGUGCGGGCCAGGAUGACUGAUGCUGUGGUGGCUUAUGAGGAUCGUCCACGGGAUCAGUGGGUGGGAGAUUAUCCAGCCCAGGUGGCCCUAACAGGAACACAGAUCUACUGGACGGUGGAAGUAACUGCUGCCUUUGCUCGCCUUGAAGAGGGCUAUGAAAAUGCAUUAAGGGAUUACUAUCGCAAACAGGUGCAACAGCUAAAUGCUCUCAUCUCUCUUUUACUUGGAGAGCUGACGCGGCAGCAGCGCCAGAAGAUCAUGACUAUUUGUACCAUUGAUGUUCAUGCCCGUGAUGUGGUGGGGAGGCUCAUCAGUGGCCGUGUGGAGAGCGCUGCAGAAUUUGCCUGGCAGUCUCAGCUACGCCAUCGGUGGGAUGAACAAGAGUCAGACUGCUUUGUAGAUAUUUGUGAUGCAAGGAUGAAGUAUGACAAUGAGUACCUGGGGAACACCCCUCGCCUCGUCAUCACACCCCUCACCGACCGUUGCUACAUUACCCUGACGCAGUCCUUGCAUCUGGUGAUGGGCGGGGCUCCCUCCGGCCCAGCUGGUACUGGCAAGACUGAGACAACAAAGGAUCUAGGUCGUGCUCUUGGAAUGAUGGUUUACGUCUUCAAUUGCUCAGAACAAAUGGAUUAUAAAAGUUGUGGAAAUAUCUACAAGGGUUUGGCUCAGACGGGUGCAUGGGGCUGCUUUGAUGAGUUCAACAGAAUAUCUGUUGAGGUGCUCUCCGUGGUGGCCGUGCAGGUGAAAAGUGUGCAGGAUGCUAUAAGGAAUAAAAAGAAAAUGUUUGAUUUUAUGGGAGAGAAUAUACAGCUGACAACUUCCGUGGGCAUUUUCAUCACAAUGAACCCGGGAUAUGCUGGCCGCACUGAGCUGCCGGAGAACCUCAAGGUGUUGUUCAGACCCUGUGCCAUGGUUGUUCCUGACUUGGAAUUGAUCUGUGAAAUCAUGCUGGUUGCUGAGGGUUUCAUAGAAGCCAAGGUUCUUGCACGGAAAUUCAUCACACUUUACAGACUUUGUCGUGAGUUGCUCUCAAAUCAGAGUCAUUAUGACUGGGGCCUGAGGGCCAUCAAGAGUCUACUGGUGGUGGCUGGCUCCUUAAAGCGUGACGACCCAGAGAGGCCUGAGGAUCAGGUGUUGAUGCGAGCUCUGAGGGACUACAACGUACCCAAAAUUGUGACAGAUGAUGUACCUGUCUUCAUGGGACUCAUUGGAGACUUGUUCCCUGCUCUGGAUGUUCCCAGAAAGAAAGACCUGGAUUUUGAAAAAGCUGUCAAGGAGGCAGCAGUUGACCUAAAGCUUCAGCCUGAAGACAGCUUCAUUCUUAAGGUGAUACAGCUGAAGGAGCUGCUUGAGGUGCGCCACAGUGUGUUCAUCAUUGGACAGGCUGGCACUGGCAAGACUCAAGUUUGGCGAACACUUUUCAGGACAAUGCAUAACAUGAAGAAGAAACCUACAUGUUUUGAUCUUAAUCCAAAGGCAGUGACCACAGAUGAACUGUUUGGUUAUAUUAACCCUUCUACCAGGGAGUGGAAAGAUGGACUCUUCUCAAACCUGAUGCGAGACCAAGCAAACAUGGUGGGUGACUCCCCUAAAUGGAUUAUUCUGGAUGGUGACAUUGAUCCCAUGUGGAUCGAAUCUCUGAAUACACUCAUGGAUGACAACAAGAUCCUGACUUUGGCUAGUAAUGAGCGCAUAUCACUCACACCUUGCAUGCGCCUGCUCUUUGAAAUCAGCCACCUGCGCACCGCCACACCUGCCACAGUGUCUCGGGCAGGAAUCAUAUACCUCAACCAGGGGGACCUUGGCUGGAACCCAUAUGUCACCAGCUGGAUAGACCGUCGAGAGGUGCAGAGUGAGAAAGCCAACUUGAUGGUGCUCUUUGACAAGUACAUUCCAACACUGCAGGAUAUUUUAAGAGUCCGCUUUAAAAAAAUCACACCUAUGCCAGAGAUCAGCCAUCUAAUGAUGCUGUGCCAGCUCCUUGAUUGCCUCCUCACACCAGAGAAUGCCCCACCUGACAGCCAGAAGGAAGUCUAUGAACAAUAUUUUGUUUUUGCUGCUGUUUGGGCAUUUGGUUCUGCUCUCUAUCAAGAUGGGAACAUUGACUAUCGGGUGGAGUUUAGUAAAUGGUUUCAGCAAGAGUUCCGCACCGUCAAGUUCCCGGCAACUGGCACAGUCUUUGACUACUACAUUGAAAGGGAAAGCCUCAGAUUUGCUCCAUGGACAGAGAAAAUCCCAAAAUUUGAGUUGGACCCUGACAUGCCACAGUCACUGAUGGUUCACACAAGUGAAACUGUGCGGCUCAAAUUCUUCAUCGACUUACUGAUGUCCAAAUGCCACCCUGUGAUGCUGGUUGGGUCCUCGGGUUGUGGAAAGUCAGCACUUCUGAAUGAAAAACUUAACUCGCUGCCUGAAGAAUAUGCAGUCUGCAAUGUUCCCUUCAACUACUACACUACCUCAGAGUUACUUCAGAGAGUGUUAGAAAAGCCUCUAGAGAAGAAGGCAGGGAGAAACUAUGCUCCGCCAGGCAACAAAAGAUUGGUCUACUUCAUUGAUGAUAUCAACAUGCCAAUGGUGGAUAUGUACGGAACUGUGCAACCUCACACUCUUAUACGCCAACAUCUUGACUAUGGCCACUGGUAUGACCGAACAAAACACACUCUGAAGGACAUCCACAACGUGCAGUAUGUUGGCGCCAUGAACCCCACGGCUGGCUCCUUCACCAUAAACCCUCGCCUUCAGCGGCAUUUCAGUGUCUUUGCAGUAAGCUUUCCGUGCAUGGAGAGUCUCAACCUUAUCUAUUCCUCACUUCUUGACCAGCACCUCAAGAGCCCAUCCAUGAAAUUUAAUCCAGCUCUCAUUAGGAUGACUGAGCCGUUGGUACAAGCUGCCCUCCAGUUGCACCAGAAAAUUACUUUCACUUUCCUUCCCACUGCUACAAAAUUCCACUACAUCUUCAACCUCCGUGACCUCACCAACAUAUUUCAGGGCCUACUCUUUUGCUCGGGAGAAACAAUGAAGGCUCCCAUUGAGUUACUGCGGUGCUGGCUUCAUGAGACUCAAAGAGUGUAUGGUGACCGCUUGUUGGAGGAGAAGGAUCUCGAGAUGCUCAACAAACUACAGGUUGAUAUAACAAAGAAAAUCUUCGAGGAGCUGGAUGAAGGGGAGGUCAUGGCCGCGCCAAAUGUCUUUUGCCACUUCGCACGUGGAGUUGGGGAGCCUCGCUACCUGCCAAUACAGUCGUGGGGCGACCUAAACAACACUCUGCAGGAUGCCCUCACAACCUACAAUGAACUCAAUGCUGCCAUGAAUCUGGUUUUGUUUGAAGAUGCAAUGGCUCACAUAUGUCGGAUCAACCGCAUCCUGGAGUGUCCCCGAGGAAAUGCAUUGCUGGUGGGGGUUGGAGGCUCAGGGAAGCAGUCCCUGGCUCGACUGGCAGCCUUUAUUUCUGGCCUUGAGGUGUUCCAAAUCACUCUCACUAAAGAUUAUGGCAUUCAGGAACUGAGGACAGACUUGGCAAAUCUGUACCUCCGUGCUGGCCUCAAAAACCUUGGAACUGUCUUCCUCAUCACUGAUGCUCAUAUUCCUGAUGAAAAAUUCCUCGUCCUCAUUAAUGACCUUCUGGCCUCGGGAGAAAUUCCAGACCUCUUCCCCGAAGAUGAAGUGGAGAACAUUGUUUCCUCAGUGAGGAAUGAGGUUAAGACCACUGGGCAGCAAGACACUCGCGACAAUUGCUGGAGGUUCUUUAUCGAUCGUGUCAGAAAGAACCUCAAAAUGGUGUUGUGUUUCUCCCCUGUUGGCUCAACUCUCAGAGUAAGAGCCCGUCAGUUUCCAGCAAUUAUUAGUUGUACUACAAUUGACUGGUUCCAUGAAUGGCCACAAGAGGCUCUGGUGUCUGUUUCCGAGACUUUCCUGGGUGGUAUUCAGUAUUUACCGGAAGGUCUACGAGAGUCUGUAUCAAAGUUCAUGGCUCAUGUUCAUGGUUCUGUGAAUGAGAUGAGCCGUAUUUACCUCACCAAUGACAGACGCUUCAACUACACCACACCAAAGACGUUUCUGGGUUUCAUUUCCCUCUACUCCAGUCUUCUCACUGCCAAGCACAAGGACCUUCAGGGUAAAAUUGAACGCCUAAUGAAUGGCUUAGAGAAACUAAGAACAACAUCAGCUCAAGUUGAUGACCUGAAAGCCAAGUUGGCAACACAAGAGAUUGAAUUACAGAAGAAAAAUGAAGCAGCUGAUAAACUUAUUCAUAUAGUUGAAGCUGAGACGGCAAAGGUUUCAAAAGAAAAUGAAACAGCCAAUGAGGAAAAGCGACGAGUAGCCAUUAUUGAAGCUGAAGUAGCAAAACGGAGGAAGGAGUGUGAAGAGGACUUGGUGAAGGCUGAGCCGGCGCUUGAGGCAGCAAAGGAGGCUUUGAACACCCUAAAUAAGGCUAAUUUGACAGAACUUAAGUCCUUUGGGUCACCACCGCAUGGAGUGUCUAGUGUCACAGCAGCUGUGAUGGUUCUUCUUGCUCCCAAUGGCAAGAUUCCAAAAGAACGCUCAUGGAAGGCUGCCAAGAUGAUGAUGGCUAAAGUAGACCAGUUUCUUGAUCAGCUAAUCAGUUACAACAAAGAAGACAUCCAUCCUGACAUCAUCAAGGCAAUCCAGCCAUACCUGGAGAACCCUGAAUUUAACCCAGACUUUAUCCGAUCUAAGUCUGUUGCCGCUGCAGGUUUGUGUUCAUGGGUAAUAAAUAUUAUACGAUUCUUUGAGGUGUACUGUGAUGUAGAACCCAAAAGGCGUGCACUGGAGGAAGCUAACGCAGAACUGGCUGCUGCUCAAGCUCGUCUCACUUCAAUCACCUCAAAGAUCAAGAGCCUUGAAGAACAGCUGGGUCACUUGAGAGCUGAGUUUGAUAAAGCCACAGCAGAGAAGAUGAGAUGCGAGGAGGAAGCAAACAGCACAGCUCACACUAUUGCUCUGGCCAACCGCCUUGUGGGUGGCCUGUCGUCUGAGAAGAUUAGGUGGUCAGAGGCUGUAUCACACAUGCACACCUCAGAAAAAACAUUGCCGGGAGAUAUUUUAUUGGUCUCGGCCUUUAUAUCGUAUGUUGGAUGCUUCACUAAACACUAUCGUCUGGAUUUGAUGGAAAAAAUGUGGCUUCCUCUCCUGCAAAAGCUUAAUCCUGUCAUUCCCAUCACCCACAACUUGGACCCCAUCAAGCUGCUCACUGACGAUGCCACUAUUGCUGUCUGGAACAACGAAGGGCUCCCGUCCGACAGAAUGUCCACAGAAAAUGCAAUCAUUCUCACAAAUUCUGAUCGUUGGCCUCUCAUCAUUGACCCACAGCUUCAAGGCAUAAAAUGGAUAAAAGCAAAGUAUGGAGAGCAGUUAGUGGUGGUGAGGCUUGACCAGAAGAACUGCAUAGACACCCUAGAGCUGGCCAUUACACGAGGCAGCACUGUCCUCAUUGAAAACUUGCCUGAGAGCUUGGACCCUGUGCUUGAUCCCUUGAUCGGGAAGAAUCUCAUCAAAAGAGGACGGGCUCUCAAAAUUGGAGACCGUGAGAUUGAGUACAACGGCUCCUUCCAGUUAAUACUUCACACCAAGCUGGCAAAUCCUCACUAUAAACCAGAGCUGCAAGCUCAGUGCACACUUAUCAACUUUACAGUAACCCGAGAUGGUCUAGAAGAUCAGCUUCUUGCAGAAGUGGUGAAGGCUGAGAGGCCAGAUCUUGAAGAACUAAAGUACAAUUUAACAAAGCAGCAGAAUGACUUCAAAAUACAGUUGAAGCAUCUUGAGGAUGACCUCCUAAGUCGCCUUUCAUCUGCUGGAGGUAAUUUUCUGGGAGAUACGGCACUUGUGGAAAACCUUGAACAUACAAAAGCCACGGCACAGGAAAUCCAAGAGAAGGUGGCUGAAGCAAGGGUGACCAGUCAGCAAAUUGAUGAAGCUCGGGAGCUCUAUAGACCUGCAGCUGCAAGAGCCUCACUUUUGUACUUCAUUCUCAAUGACCUCCACAAGAUUAACCCUAUAUACCAGUUUUCCCUGAAGGCCUUCCGAGUUGUAUUCCAAAAGGCCAUUGAACGGUCAGAAGCAAAUGAAGAUGUGAGGCUCCGAGUGGGAUCCCUUAUUGAUACCAUCACCCACAGUGUAUUUCUCUACACGACCAGAGGACUCUUUGAGAAGGAUAAAUUGAUUUUUGCUGCUCAAAUGACCUUCCAGGUGCUUGCAUCCCAAGGCCAGGUUGGAGCUGCUGAGUUGGAUCUUCUGCUACGAUUUCCUAUCCAACCAAAUGUGGUUUCUCCAAUUGACUUCUUGACUAACAACAGCUGGGGUGCCAUUCGCUCCCUUUCACAAAUUGAUGAGUUCAGGAACUUGGACCGUGAUAUAGAAAACAGUGUGAAGAGAUGGAGGAUGUUUUGUGAAUGUGAGGCACCAGAAAGGGAGAAGUUGCCUGGGGAGUGGAAGGGCCGCUCAGACGUGCAACGGCUGAUCAUCAUGAGAGCACUCCGGCCUGAUCGCAUGACAAAUGCUAUGCAGACCUUUAUUGAAGAGCGUAUGGGGAAGAAGUAUGUGGAAGGAGAGAAUAUAGACUUUUCACAGAGUUAUGAGGAAUCAGGUCCCUCUACCCCAAUAUUCUUCAUCCUCUCGCCUGGAGUUGAUCCUCUUAAGGAAGUGGAGCACCUUGGCAUGCGACUGGGCUAUACAUGUGACAACCGCAAGCUCCAUAACGUCUCUCUGGGGCAAGGUCAAGAGAAGGUGGCAGAGGAAGCAAUUAAGGUUGCUGCUAAAGAAGGUCACUGGGUUAUUCUGCAGAACAUUCAUCUUGUGCGCCAAUGGCUGCCUCGCCUGGAGAAGAAGCUUGAGGCAUACUCUGAUGCAGCUCACGUUAACUAUCGAGUGUUCAUGAGCGCUGAGCCGGCCAACAGACCCGAGAACCACAUCCUGCCACAAGGAAUACUUGAGUCAGCUAUAAAGAUAACCAAUGAACCCCCAAGAGGCAUGCAGGCCAACCUUCACAAGGCACUCCAAAACUUUACGCAGGAGACCUUGGAAAUGUGCUCCAAAGAGGCUGAGUUCAAGUCCAUCCUCUUCUCACUCUGUUACUUCCACGCGUGUGUGGCUGAACGGAGGAAAUUUGGAGCUCAGGGAUGGAACAGGCCCUAUCCCUUCAACACAGGAGACCUAACUAUCAGUGUGAAUGUUCUCUACAACUACUUGGAGGCCAAUAGCAAAGUUCCAUGGGAGGACCUGCGUUAUUUGUUUGGCGAGAUCAUGUAUGGCGGACACAUAACAGACGACUGGGACAGAGUGCUCUGCCGAACCUACCUGGAAGAGUUCCUCCAUCCUGACCAGCUUGAUGGUGAACUGAAUUUGGCACCAGGCUUUCCAUGUCCUCCAAACCUUGAUUACUCUGGGUACCACAACUACAUAGACACCUACCUUCCUAAUGAGUCACCACAUCUGUAUGGCCUCCACCCCAACGCAGAGAUAGGCUUUCUCACCAUGACAUCAGAACACCUCUUCAAGACUGUGUUUGAACUGCAGCCCCGUGACAUGGGUAACUCAGGGGGUGUCGUCAUUACCAGAGAGGACAAGGUGAAGCAGACAUUAGAUGAAACACUUGAGAAGCUGCCUGAAGAGUUCAACAUGGCAGAUAUCACUGGCAAAGUAGAAGAACGAACACCAUAUGUUGUGGUUGCAUUCCAAGAGUGUGAACGCAUGAAUCUCCUCACUAGAACCAUACGCACCUCUCUCAAAGAGCUGGACCUCGGAUUCAAGGGGGAGCUGAAGAUGACAUCUGCAAUGGAAGAACUGUGUGAGUCUCUAUUUUUGGAUCAAGUUCCGGACACGUGGACUGCUCGAGCUUAUGCUUCCACCCUUGGCUUGACCACUUGGUAUGCUGAUCUACUACUUCGAAUGAAGGAAAUCGAGACAUGGGUGGCAGAUUUCCAGGUCCCUCCAUCAGUGUGGUUGGCAGGGUUCUUCAAUCCACAAAGUUUCUUGACAGCAAUCAUGCAGAGCACUGCUCGAAAGAGUGAGCUGCCCCUUGAUCAGAUGUGUCUUCAGUGUGAUGUCACAAAGAAAAAUAAAGAAGACUUUACGUCACCACCACGAGAGGGAGCAUACGUCCAUGGUCUCUUCCUGGAGGGUGCAUCGUGGGACAGUGAGAACUCUAUCCUUGUUGAUUCAAGAGUGAAGGAACUUCACCCUCAAAUGCCUGUCAUGUUUAUAAAGGCCAUCACCCAAGAUAAGGCAGAAAACAGAAGCUUGUACAAGUGCCCAAUGUAUAAGACAAGACAAAGAGGACCCACGUAUGUUUGGACCUUCAGCUUGAAAACCAAGGAGAAACCUGGCAAGUGGAUUCUGGCUGGCGUGGCUCUGCUUCUGCAAGUGUGAGGAAGCAUGCAGCUCUGGCCCUGGUUGUACCUGGUAUUUUGGUAGGUUACUGACACAGUUUUGCCCCUCUGUGUUUUAUUUUAUCUGUGAUGCAUUUUUUUAUAUUAUCCCAAACAUUUCCUUGCAAAUUUACUGAGAAUAUGAAUACAUCUUGUGUGUGGUGUUACUUUAGAUUCAGCACCAGCAGCAACAAGUGAUAUGGAAAAGUUAUGGUCUCUUGAGAUUCCAGAUGUCAUAUAUUUUCAAGAAAUUUGCAGCAGAACUACACUUAACAGGAGUAUUUGUAGCAAUCAUUUGUAGCCAGUCUAGUACUCAUAAGUUAUUACAUUCCAUUAGGUAUGUUGUGUGUGGGGAGGUAAAUACACACACACACACACACACACACACACACACACACACACACACACACACACACACACCACUCCGAUAGCUCAUUUGGUUAAAGCGCUGUGUUGCCAGGCUUUGCAGAGCGGCAGACAGACGUUCGAGCCCCACUCAGGCUGGGCUGUUUCCGUUGACUAGGUGUGGUUACUGUCCUCCCUCGAGCAAGGGGGAUAGGGUUUGUUGUGUGUGAGGUCCUAGCAGUACCCACAGAUCAACUAAUGAGCCUUGCUCUAAUCAGGAGGGUACUUGCUGGCGUUACGAAUCCAACUUGUGACCAGGUGAAAUACAUACACCCACACCCACCCACCCACACAUAUUCCCAGUGUUUCUUUUUUUCCUUCUCAAAUCUUUACAUAACUAUCAAAAAGCUAAUAUGCCAUUGUAGAAAUUUUUGAAUUGUGUAGAAGGAAAUCAUAGUGGAGUAUUGCUUAGACAUUCUCAAGCUUUGUUAUUAUAUUUCAACUGUGAUUCCAAACUAUCAGAUGUAAAUGAUGUUUAGCAGUAGUAUGUUAUUCAAGGGAUCUGACUUUAUUUUUAAUAUAUUCCAGCUCUAAAGGCAAUAUAUUUAAAUAAAAGUAAUC